UGUUUUGUUUCUGUCAGACUAAUGGGGGCAUGAUGAGAGAGUCUAUCAUGGCUGCUUCCUUGGUACGGUGGCUAAACAGAUUGUAUGUUUUCUUGUUGAUUUGUCCACUAUGUGUCCCAGCCUUCUUGAAUCUAGAAGAGCUGAAUGAGAUGAAAUAUGGGAUUCAAAUUCUUCCCGAUCCCGUCAUGUUGGGGCAGACCAAGGCAGAGGAGGUGAUGAUGGUGUCCAGUAAGUACAAGCAGCUGUAUGAGUGUCGACUUCCAGCCCAGGCCGUCCGGUUCCACCAGGACUCAGCCUCUGAGUCGGAAUCACAGGGGUACACUGGGCCGGACAUCCCGGAACUACUCAGUCCAAUGCACAGUGCCCAGUGUCUGGUGAAGACGAAGGACUGGUGGACGUAUGAGUUCUGCCAUGGUCGGCAUAUCAGACAGUACCACCUUGAAGACACAGAAAUCAAAGGGGACAUUCUCUUCCUGGGUCAUUAUGAAUCUGAAUUUGAUUGGAGCAAUGAAACAGCAAAGGCCUCAAAACAGCACAGGCUGAAGCGCUACCACAGCCAGUCCUAUAGAAAUGGCUCAAAGUGUGACCUCAUUGGAAUUCCAAGAGAGACUGAAGUCCGGUUUGUGUGUGAAGAAGGCUCUAAUGACUACAUCGCCCGAGUGGACGAGCCUCAGUCGUGCCGCUAUGUUCUGACAGUUCACACCAGUCGUACCUGCCAGCAUCCGUUCCUGCGGCCUCCGUCCACUGCCAAGCCCCAGGGCAUUGUGUGCCAGCCAGCUCUGAGCGCCCAGCAGUACAUGGACUACGUCAAGGCUCAAGUCUCGGACACAAAGCGUAAAGUGGAGCAGAUCUCAGAGGAGCUGAGGACUCUCGAUGAGAUGUUAGCUGCUAAUGAAGGGGCAGAUGGAGCAGUGGAGGUAACAGCAGAGGAGACAUCACCUGCACCAAGUGAUGACCUGGGCCCGUCAGACAAUACAGAUACUGCUGGUUUAUCUGAGGAGGCCGGGUCAGAGGAGGCAGAAGAUUCUGACUUCUGGGAGGGAGUUUCAAAGCCUGGGAGUUCAAAAACAACAGAGUCCCAACAGGACAAGGCAGCAGAUGACGACUAUAACUCAUUUACAGACAAUGAAGUCAUAGAUGAGGGUGAUGAAGUCGAAAAAUUCAACUUUAAAAUCAUUACUGACCCAGCAGACCUGAUGAAAUUUGUCCAACAUCUCAAAGAGAGUAACAGGAAGAAAGCACAACAUCAAGCCAAAAGUCAAGGAGAGAACCCGGCAGAGAGCAGCAGGGUAACCGAGAAGCUGGGCGAGGAUAAGAAAGAUGAGGAUGAACACUUGCUACAGGACUUCGAGGAUGAGAUUGCGGAGCUCUCAGUGCCCUCUGAAAAGAUUGAAGAGAUAAAGGAGGAAAUGCAGAAGGAUUUUGACAACAUCAUUAAUGAGGCUCAGCAGGAAUUAGAGACAGAUGGUCUUAAAGGGGAAUUUGAUCGAACUCAAGCUACACAGACACUGGAGACGACGCUGGACAAGUUACUUGACCAUUUGGAAGAGAAAGAGGUGCAGGAUCCAGAGCAGCAAACAGCUGGAGGUCAAAGAGCCAGCGACCCCACCAGGGGAAGCCCCAGCCUGGCCCCAAAACAGCCAGACCAAGCGGAUGACGACCAUGUUAAGAUCAAAAUUACUAAGUAUAAGACGGGCAGCAGCCCUGAUGGGGAGGUCAAAGUUCAGGAGAUGGGCGAAGGAGACCCGCAGUGGCAGCACAUAAAGGACGUGGUUAAAGAACAGCUAGAGAAAGCAGGACUGAAGGCAGAAGGUAAAAUCGAGGUGAAAAUCUUGACACGAAAAAAUGCAGAGGACGCAGGUGAUCAGUGGCUGACUGAAGAAGAUACUAAGUCCUUCAGGGAGCUCCUCAUAAAUCUCCUGACUGGAGGCACAGAAGAGGUUUACAAAGAGCAGAAGAGGCAGCAGGAGUUGGAGAACAACUAUAGGUUUGUGUGGGGAGAGUCCCAGGAGGAGUCCCAGUCAUCCAGCACCACUGACUCAGACGACGUGGACGUAUGAGAUCAUUCAGUGCACCUUUUGUGUAGGUGAACUCUUGUGGAAAACUACACAGCGGCUGAAGCGCAGCCGCCCAAAGGAUUAAAUUACUGCUAUUAAACCUGGUGGAUAAUGUCAACUCACCUAUUUGCACAUUCAGAAAAUGUGUCCUUGUGUCUUGAAUAGGCACCUGUUGUAGGCACCAUUUUAAUGUUGCACGAUAAAACUGCAACAUCUCAGCUAUUCUGUGCAACUGAAUGAAGUUAUGCAUUUUCCCCUUUUUGAUGGGAUUCAGUUUUGAUAGAUGGCGAUGUACAGUAUCUACAUAUUUUUUUUAUAUUUCAGUUAAUUUGUACUGAAUGUUAGCGUUUCCAUCUGAAGUUAUCAACAGCACACUGUUUAAAGUCAAAUUAUAAUUUACAUUAGUUUUUUAAGUUGCUAUUGACAAAGAAGUCCUUACCUUUAAUGGACACAGGUAUGAGGAUUUGUGCAUGCCUCAACAAACUGGAGGAGUGUAUGCACAGGUUGUUCAUUUCAGUGUUUACUGAUCGUGUCUGGAUAUGGAAAAAUACUAAAGAGUUCACAGUUAAUUUCCUACUUUCAGUUGCUGCAUUUGGGGGAUUAGGUUAAACACAACUGUAGAUGACAAGUGUAUGUACAGUGCUGUGGCACUUCAUAUCCCUAGAACAAGGUUCUUUAAUGAAAAUGUUUCUUUUAAUUUGUCCUGGGUUGUUGAAGGUAUUCAAAAGAAAAACACUAAAAGGAUUGUAGGAUGGUCAGAUCUUUCAAGUGUGUACUUUAAUUUCUGAUGAGAAUGUUAUUUAGCAAACUAAAACAAUUUCAAUCAGUUUCAGCGUAUCAAAAAUAAUAAAUCUACACAAAACUUUUCUAUGGAUCCUUCAAAGGUGUACUUAAGGGCUGACUUUGUAUAAUUUGUGAAUAAUUGUGAUAACUUGUAAUUCAACAUGUACAUAAUUAUUGCGUGAAUAGAUCUUUUGAUGAUAUUUGAUUUGUUGUAUAUUAACACGAAUGAAGUGGGGCUUGAGUUAUCCGAGUAAAUUGUGUUUAAAUUUGU